CUGGGCAAGACAUUUUCACUUCAGUAGCACUUGCAUACACCAAACAUAGUUGUAUUAUUUGUUCAUAUCUCAUUCACCUGAUUAUAUAACCUUUAACUUCUAAAAACAUGGUGAAAUUUGUUUUUCUGACUGUUGCCAGUAUUUAUGCAUUUGUAAAAAAAAAAAAAAAAAAAUGUAAAAGAAAGUAGGGCCUAUUGAAAAUCCAAAAUACUUAAUUGUAUAUAGCCUAAAUAAAAACAAGACAAGAAUUUUGAACCUGGCUUUAUUCAAUGUUCAGAUUUCUGUUCUGGAAAUGUAGAUGCAAUUUUUAAUGAGUGCAUUUUUAAUUAAAUAAUGCAUAAUUUGUAUAUUUAAACAUAACAUUUCAGAAAACUUGAAAUAAAAAAUACUGUGAUGAAUCAGAUAGGGAAGUAUGGUGAACUCUAUUAGAUUGUUUUUUAAAACUCAAAAAAAAUGUUUGAAACAUUUACCUAUUAAUAUGGCUUUUUGGACCAACUUUAGAACCUGUAUUAUUUAUAAACAGUCUUCUCUAAUUGCAUUGAGCAUGCACUUCCAAUUUAAGCACUGGUUCAGUUUUGGUUCACUGAAUAUCACACUAAGGUGAUGAUCAUUUGGCAAUUUAUCUAAAUUUCUAACUGCAAUCAUAUGAGUAACACAUGGCCCAUGAGCUGACAUGACUAAAGAUGAGAGGCCUGAUAUCUUAUCCAUCUUAUUUCUCUCUCUCUGUCCCUACCUCUGCUUUUUCACACAAUUUAUAUGUGUAACUCUAAAAACUGUGUGUUUUUUUAGCAAUUGUGUCACUAUUGUAGCUUUUGUCAAUGCAUGCAGACAGUAAGCAGCAACAGCAUUAGAUCAGUCUUUGAUCUUUCCUCACCACUGUGAACUUGCCACCAAUACUGUGUAUACAAACAUGAGAAGGCAGUACUAAGAAUAGCCACUACAUAAGCCACUUGUCACUAGCUGUGAAUGAAUGCAUGACUCUCUGGUUCAUGUGUUGGUAUGCACUAAUAUGCCAUUCUGGAUAUGUCUAUGGAACGUAAGAAAAGGAGCUUCUUCUGGAACUGGAGAAGAAGGCACCACCCCUCUUCUGAGGCAAUCUUACCCGUCCCUUUCUCAUUCCACCACCCCAGGCCUAAAGCAGGUGAUCUGAUAAGAUGUGGUAGUUUUAAGCACUCUGCUGAGAAAAGAAAGCUCAACCGGUCAAUAACCAGAGGCCUCCUACAGAUAUAGCAGCACCGUGGUGUCUUCAGAACUUCUUCCAGAGACAUCUUGAGCUACACAUUAUCGCACACGCUUUGAGCCACUUUGCAGAAGAUUCAGAAUGUCUGAUUCCACCUCCAUUAUGGAGUUUAGCGGGACGCAUCAAGCUUUCCGAGACCGCUGGGCGAAGACGGAUGAUGAGAUGUGCAAGCACAGUAUGUCUUUCCAUUUGCACAAUACUCUGAGGAAGGAGUUCUUCGGCAGCUACCUGUACCUCCUGGAGCAGAUUCCUCUGGUGAAACUCUAUGCCGUGACUUGUGAGUACAUUAAAGGGGAGAAGCAGUUUUACUACAGGGCACAGAACUUCUACAAGGAUGUCCCGGCAUCAGAGGAGGGCAUGAUGGGAGAUUUUGUGGAGAUAUCAGAGAUUGACCUUGAAGGCUCAAGACAGUUCCUGAAGAAGUUUGUUGGUCCAGGAAAGGCUGGCACCAAGCGGGCACUAGACUGCGGCUGUGGAAUCGGGAGGGUGUCUAAAGGAGUUCUGUUUCCUGUGUUUGAAUCCAUGGAGAUGCUUGACAUGAUGGAAGAGUUCAUCCUCCACGCUCACGAGGUUUACCUCGGAGAUUACGCAGACCAAGUGGAGGCCUACUACCUUUACAAUCUGCAGGAAUUCACCCCACCUACAAAGAGAUACGAUGUCAUCUGGCUGCAGUGGGUUGCCUGUCAUCUUACUGAUAAGGACCUGAUGGAGUUUUUAAUGCGUGCUAAGCAGAGCCUGAGGCCCAACGGUGUGAUCAUCAUUAAGGAUAACAUGGCACGGCAGGGAUGCAAGCUGGACCCCAUUGACAGCAGCAUCAUUCGCCACCUGGACAUCAUGAAGAACAUCAUUCAGACAGCAGGCCUCACCAUACUGGACGUGGAAAAGCAGGAAGGCUUUCCUGAGGCUAUCGUGCCUGUAUGGAUGAUCGCCAUGCGCUAAAGGAAAGAAGUUUUUUAGAUGGAUAUGUUGUACAUGCACUCAUGUAUAGUAUAUUAUAAAAGCAUACAGAUUUUAAUUUUUUUAUUCCAUUUACCAGCUGAUAUGUCAAACUGUAGUAAUUUCAGUAUAUGGAAAUCUUUGGAUCUUUUUUACUAGUAACCAUCCAAUUUUGCAGUUUUGAAAAGCAGUGAAAACAGUCUAUUAUGUUUCUACUUCAUAUAAAUGUAAGGUUAAGAUCAUGUAGAAGUGCAAACAUGUUAUUUUGGCUUUGAUAGAAAUCUGUAGUGUAGAUUGUUUUAAAAAUAUAUAUAAUUUCCAUUUUUGUUGAAAUGGAACAAAUAGAUGUAUAUAAUUGUAUCACCCUUUUAAAAAGAUUUAAUAUUUUGUACAUUUAUUGUAGUAUCAUAAAGUAAAGUAAAAUUAAUUAUUUAUUUAUUUUUUACAAUAAAGUAAUGCUGUUGUCUAUGUCUAUGUUAUCUAUGUAACUGACAGAAUUAAGUAUGUUGCCGCCA